AACAUAAAUAAAUCCAUCUCUAUUUAAUCCAUUCCAAAUUUCCUGCCUCAUAAACAGAAAUUAAAACUUGUACAUGCAAUCAAUGGAAAAUUCUAUGAUUAGUAGUAAUAGUAGAUGGGCAGCAACAGCAGCUAGCAUAUGGAUACAAGCAAUAAUUGGUGGGACGUACACAUUUAGCAUAUAUUCACCAAUCCUUAAAUCAUCCCAAUCCUAUGAUCAAUUCACCUUAAACACCGUGUCGGUCUUCAAAGACAUUGGUUCAAAUGCCGGGGUUCUAUCUGGCUUUUUAUACUCCGCCGUAUCCCCAGGGCAUAACCGCAAUGCGGGUGUGCCCUGGGUGGUACAUACGGUGGGGGCGGCCGAGGGGUUCUUGGGUUAUUUCUUCAUGUGGUUGGCUGUGGUUGGGGUGAUCCCUCGGCCACCCGUGCCUAUAAUGUGUGUGUUCAUGUUUUUUGCAGCACAUUCACAAACUUUCUUUAAUACUUGGAAUGUUGUUACGUCUGUUCAGAAUUUUCCUGAUUAUAGUGGGACCGCUGUUGGGCUUAUGAAGGGUUUCCUAGGACUAAGUGGAGCAAUCUUAAUCCAAGUAUACAAAGCAUUUUUCAAGGGAAAUCCAAGCACAUACAUACUAAUGCUUGCAUUGUUACCAAGUAUAGUCUCAUUAUCUCUCAUAUAUUUAGUGAAAUUAUGUCCAAAUAAAACAUCAGAAGACAAAAACCACCUAAAUUCUAUGUCCAUAGUCUCAAUGCUUCUUGCUGCAUAUCUUAUGAUCAUCCUCAUCUUAGAAGACAUUCUAGUGUUCCCCCAUUGGGCGCGCCUUCUAAACUUUCUAGUCCUUAUAUUAUUCCUCUCUUUACCUCUAAAAAUCGCGACUGAGGCAAACAAGAAGGAGAAAUCUCAACCACUUCUCCUAAAAACAGAACCAUUACUCUAUGACUCAAAUGAUUCAAACGAGCCAGAGAAGAGCCUAGUGGGUGAAGAAAACGUCGAAUUGUGUCAAGAAAGCAUGAAUAUCUUGGAAGCUAUGGGAAGCAUCAAUUUUUGGCUAUUGUUUCUUGCUAUAUUAUGUGGAAUGGGUUCGGGUCUUGCCACUAUAAACAACAUGAGCCAAUUAGGCCAAUCACUUAGUUAUAACACAAGCAAGAUUAAUACAUUGGUGUCACUAUGGUCGAUAUGGAACUUCUUUGGUCGAUUUGGAGCAGGAUAUAUAUCUGAUAUCCUACUACGACGAAGAGGAUGGGCUAGGCCAUUGGUCAUGGUUGUCGCGCUAGGAGCAAUGACUAUAGGACAUGUGAUCAUUGGUUCAGGAUUCUUUGGAAAUUUGUACAUAGGUACAAUCUUGGUGGGAAUAUGUUAUGGUGCAUUGUGGAGUUUAAUGCCUACUAUAACUUCGGAAAUCUUCGGUGUUUUGCAUAUGGGAACUAUAUACAAUGCCAUUGCUAUGGCAAAUCCUUUGGGAACUUAUGUUCUGUCUGUUUGGGUGAUUGGCCAUAUCUACGACGAAGAAGCAGGGGAGCAUAAUUCAUGCCUUGGUGUUCAUUGCUUCAUGGUAUCCUUCUUUGUGUUGGCAUUUGUUAGCUUCUUGGGGUUUAUUGUUGCUCUUACUUUGUUCUUCCGAACAAGGGUGUUUUAUAGGUCUGUUGUGCUAAGAAGACUACACUAUUCUCUAAGACGGUAAAGAAGAUGGAUUGAUGGUUCAACCAUAAGUUAUAAGAUAACGCAUUGGCACACACUUUUAGAAAGAGAUUUGUAUCGUUAGUUCGUUACUAAGUACACUAUGAACUUGUUAGUCCAAUUUCAUGAAAGUAUAUAUUCUUGUUUGCUUAUUUAUAUUUUAUAUGUAAAUUAUUUGAACAAAAAGGUUUGAUUUUGAUA